AUGGAUAUCCCCUGGCCUAUCCUCCUCAUAGUGCUAUACCUAGUGUUCUCCGCCUUUCGCUCCCGCAACUCCCCCCCCCUUGAACCACACGGCAAAGUCACCAACAUCGAGAGUGAUUCCUCCUUUGACGAAAUAACCGGCAAGGGAACGACAGUGGUCGACUUCUACGCAACAUGGUGUGGCCCCUGUAAAGCCGUGGCGCCGCGCAUCGGCGCCCUAAGCGAGGAAUACGACGGGCGCGUCCGCUUCAUCCAGGUCGACGUCGAUAAGUUCCAGGGUCUCGCGAAACGGUGCAACGUCACGGCCAUGCCGACCUUUGUGGUUUACAGGGAUGGCGAGGUGCAGACGAGCAUUCGCGGGGCGAACCUCGGUCUACUCAAAUCGGAAAUUGAAAAGGCUUUGGCAAAAUGA